AUGGCCGACUCAUGGCAGAGAGUGUCUCGGGAGUACCGCGCUGCGGGCAUCCUGCCGUACAGCUUCGACAGCGACGGUCGGCUGCUCUUUCUGUUCCAGGCAGAGGCGAGCAAGAAAAAAGCGCGCGCGCGGAAUGGGGUGCGGGGGAACGUGCAGCGAGGGAAGGAGGCAGGAGGGGAUGGAGCAGUAGCGGAGCGGUUAAGACGGGGCGAGAGCGAGGAACGGGUCGAGCACGAGCGCGAGGAGCCGGAGCGCGAGGAGCCGGAGCGUGAGGAGCGGGAGCGUGAGGAGCGGGAGCGUGAGGAGCGGGAGCGUGAGGAGCGCGAGCUGCAGGGAAUUGUGGAGGAAGAACGUUCCAGUGGUGGCGCAGAGGACGCCGCUGGCGGCGCUGACGGCGCCGUUGGCGGCGUUGGCAGCGAUGGUUCCGAUAGCCGUGUUAACGCUCGUGGGGGUGGCGAUGGCGGUGCGGAGGGAGACGGCGCGAGAAGCGGCGAUGAGGGCGCUCAUCGCUUGACGUGCGUGGAGGCCCGUUGCGGGGAGGGAGGCUCGUGCGCGGGAGGCGGGGGAGACGCGCAAGGAUGUUCCAGUGCCCCGCGCGGAGGGGAAGCGGACGAGAUGAUCGGCGCGCGAAAGGAGGAACGUGGUUGCGAGGGGAAGGAUGAGGGGAGCGGAAGGAGGGUUGCGGAAGUGGAGGGCGGGAGAAGGAAUGAGUGCGGCGAUGCGGGGCGAAGGGGAGCGGAGAAGAGUGGGAGAGGAGGGGAAGGAGGUAGGAGGAAUAGGAGAAGAGAGAGGAGGAAGAAGGGUGAACGAACAGGAGAGAAGGGUACAGGUGUUGAGGAUGGAACGCAAGGGAAUGGGCGAGAGGAGAGUGAUGAGCGAGAGAGCGAGCUGGAGGAUGGGACGGAAAAAGGUGAGCAACAAGGGAAUGGGAAGCAGAGGAAGGAGGAGCAAGGGGCAGGGCAGCAGAGGAAGGAGGAGCAAGGGGCGGGGCAGCAGAGGAAGGAGGAGCAGGGGAAGGGGAAGAAGGGGGUGGGGAAGAAGGGGGUGGGGGAUCAAGGGACGGGGCAGCAAGUGAAGGAGCAACAAGCGAGGGAGGAAAGGAGGAGGAGGAAGCAGCAGGCACGUGAGCUGAAGGCGGAAAACAGGAGGCAGCAGAGGGAGAGGCAGAAGCAGCAGAAACAAGAGAGGAGGAAUCGGAAGCCGGAUCAGCAGAAGCAGAAGCAGCAGCAGCCGCAGCAGCGAGGGCGCGUGGGGCCGGUGUAUCUGAUGGACUUUGGCGGCAAGAUAGAGGAUCAAGACAACCAUGCACCCACUCUCACCGCCGCCCGGGAGUAUGUGGAGGAGCUUGAGGCUGGCUGCGAGAAGCUGGAGGGCGCCAUGUGGCAGAAACGCGUCGCUGAUGUGGCAGCAGCUCUGGACCAAUCAGAGGCGUUCUAUUGCAAGGCUAGCAAGUAUGUUCUCUUCCUGUGCGACGAGAGGAGUCUCAGGGAUGGCAGCAAGGAUGUGACAUUAGGCAGUGUGACUGAAGGAGAAUUCGCCGACCAGGCAAACUGGAUCGACUCGGGUCGCUUCGACGAAAAGCUUCCACCGGAGGGGGUCGGCCAUGCGGAAUGUCCGGAGAGCGGCGCGCCGCUGAGGCGAGGCAAGUCGCUGGGAGCGCCGAAGCAGAGCUGCCACGCGGUCAGCGGCGAUACGCUGUCACCCAUGUCCCCGCGCCUUAUUUCCGAAGCCAACGUAUGGGAGGAUUUCUGGCUUGUUGGGAGUGUUGCCGGCGCCGGGGAAGACCUAACGCUUGUAGCGCGCGGGGGUGGCGCGCGGGAAGAGCUAGCGCGGGUGGCGCGCAAGGUCGUGGCUUCCGCCACUGCCGCCUCUCCGCGCUCUCGCCGUGACUCCCCGCCGAGCGCGGCGGAGAACUCGGCGGAGCGGGUCGAGGGCGAAUCAGACCUGUACGGCGUGGAUGCAUCGGCCAGGACUGAUAACCUUUACGGUAGGCGUGGUGAUAGCGAGGAGUGUUUUAUCGGGGAUGAAGAUUCUCCCCAUUAUGUGGGAACAGGAGAGUGGAAAGCAGACGGGCCGGGAUUUUCGACGGGGGAGGAGGAGAAUGUGAGAGGCGGCGGUUACGGUGGCGAGGAGGGUAGUGAGAGCGGCGGAGUGGCGGAAGGCGAGGGGGAUUUGUACGGUGACGAAGAGGAGGGCGCGGAGGAUGCGGAGGACGCGGAGCAGAAUGACGAGGCGGAUAUUAACGAGGAUAUGUAUGGCGGUGGCGGCAGCGACGGGGAGGGGGGAUUGAGCGCGGCGGAGCGGGAAGAGGGGGGCCUGCGCGGAGGCGAGGGGAGUGGGGCGGGGGAAGGAGUAGGCGGGGAAGAGGAGGGUAAGGGGGAGGAUUUGUACGGCGAGUGCGGCGAUAGUGACGCGGGCGAGGGGGAGGAGCAGGUGUGGGGGGACGACUGGGGCGGUGACGCGGGCGACGAGCGGAGAUUAAAUGAGGGGGAUGAGGAGGAGCGCGAAGAGGGAGGGGAGGACGGGGGAGGGUUGGGCGGAGAUGGGGAUGCGUAUGGGGGGUGGGAGGGGGAAAUGCACAUGCACAUGCAGCAGUGCGAGUGGGAGGCAGAGGAGGGAAGGGUGUGGGAGGAGGUGGGCGCGGGAAGUGAGAGGGAGAGGGGCCAGGGGGAGCGGGAGGCGGGGGAGGAGGAGGAGGAGGAGGAGGAGGAGGAGGAGGAGGAGGAGGGGGAGGAGGAGAAGGAAGGAGGGGGGGAAGCAGGGAGUGCAGGGGAUGGGAGUGCGCUGGUGGUUUCACCUCCACGCUCCCUAGAGUCGUGUGCGGAGGAGACCCCCUGUUUGAGCACGCUCUAUCAGCAGCUGUGCCACGUGGGAGAGCGCGCAGCAGAGGAGUACCCUGGCUCUGAGGAUCUGUACGACGCCACGUCAGCACACGGCGGUGACACGGCAGAAUUGGACGAGGCGGCAGCGGGCAGAGAAGGCACGGCGGCAGCAGAGGGCAGCCACAGAGUGGGGCGCCAUGGCGGCCUGCCCCAUCCUAGCUUGUCCCAUCCUAGCUUGUCCCAUCCUAGCUUGUCCCAUCCUAGCUUGUCCCAUCCUACCCUCCCGCAUGCUGCCGCCCCGCCGCAUGCCGCCCUGCCACAUGCCGCCCUGUCGCACGCCGUCCUGCAGGGCUUCCGGCAGCGGGUGCGCCUCUCAUUGGACGUGGAGGUCGAUGCUGACUCAUCCUACCUCGCUGAUGACGUAAGCGGUGACGACUUCGACUUACCUAGCGAGGAUGCUAGUAGCGAGGUGCAGGACGGCGAGGGGGGCGUGCCGGGCGGCGCAGCAGCAGUGGCUCGCGCUGGUUCUGGCUUUGAUAAUGGUGCUGCUGGUGCUGGUGCUGGCGGUGGUGCAUGUGACAUCUACGUGCAUGUGCAGCGCACACAGGAGAGCGAGUGCGAGUCCGGGGAGGAGCUAUUCAGCCACACGCUCAGCGGCAGCCGGGGCAGCAGCGGUGGAGAGGAGGCGCAUGCUGCAGGGGUGGGUGCAGCAGGGGUGCGCAUGGCGAUGCAUGGAGACGGGGCGAGUGGCUUGGCAGGGCUUGGUGAUGUGGCGAGUGACACGUGGCAUGUGGGGCGGAGCUCACUGGGAGGAGCAGGCCGGCAGCAGGGCGAGGCGGUGGGUGUGGGUUUCAGUGACCCAGUGCAGAGCGUGGGAGUGGGUUUCAACGACCCGGCACAGGGCGUGGGAGUGGGUUUCAACGACCCGGCACAGGGCGUGGGACCUGCUGCCUCCUCUGCUGCCUCUUCCUCUGCUGCUGCUGCGGCUGCUGCCGCUGGGGCACUGAAUGGAUCUGCACCACAAGCCCAGCACUUCCCCCGCAACUCCCCCACCAGCGCGUUUGCAAGCACCGGGGCAGCAGCAGCUCGUCUGGCCCGCACAACCUCUAUGCAGCCUGCUGCCUCCUCGACUGCUGCUACUGCUGUUGCUGGGGCACUGAAUGCCACCCCUCCACAAGCCCACUACUUUCCCAAAAACUCUCCUACUGGUGCGUUCACACAUGCUGCAAUCACCGGGGCAGCAGCAGCAACUCGACUGGCCCGCACCACCUCCAUGCAGCCUGCCGCCUCCUCGGCUGCUGUUGCUGCUGGGGCACUGAAAGCAGCUGCAACGCAAACUCAAUACCUUCCUGGAAACUCCCCAACCGGUGCGUUCACACAUGCUGGAGGCACGGGGCCAGCAGCAGCAGCUCGUCUAGCCCGCACAGCCUCCAUGCAGCCUGCUGCCUCCCCCUACCCCGCUGCUGCUGCUACUGCCACCUCUCCGUAUUCCACUGCUGCUGCUGCUGCUGCUGCUGCUGCUGCUGGUUCUCCCUUUUCAGCUGCUGCUAUUGCAGCGGGGGCAGUGCAGGGCGGUGCAGCCCUCGGCAAGCAAGUGCCUGGCAAUUCACCCACCGGGGUCUUUGCUCGUUCAGUGAGCAUGGGGGCAGCAACGCAAGCGGUGCCGGCAGCAGGCAGGGGUGGGGGUCAGGCCAUGCGGGGUCUGCAGGUGGAGCUGCCGAGGAAUGUGGGUAAAGGUGGCGGCAGAAACGCGAGCAGCACCAAAACCACAAGUGGCACUGGCAAGAAGGCGAGCGGUAAUUUGGCAGGUGCUGGUGGUGGUGCAGAGACAGGGAGCAAGGCUGCACUGAGCAAGUCCCCCUCUCGUGCUCGCCUGGCCUCGUCCCUCUCCCCGCCCUCUCGCCGCAUGAAUGAGCUUCUCUCCUCCACCCUGCCCCGGGUCCCGGUAAAGACACCCAAGGGUGAGAAGGGGGGUGGCAGUGGGAGUGGUGAGGGUGGGAUUGGUCAGGGUGGGGGUGGCAGGGGCAAGGGUGGGGGAGGGGAAGGUGGUGGUGGGGUAGGCUACACCACAGGAAGGUUGCUGCAGGCAGAGCAACAGAGGAAGCGGCAGCAGCGGCAGCAGAAGGUGCAGCAGCUGCUAGGGAAGGACAGUCCAAACAAUGCCACCCGAGCCAACUCCAACAACGCUGGAGCAAGCAGCACUGCCGCCAUUCCUGCCGGCAACAGCAGCAGCACUGCUGCGUACACUCGCUCUGCUUCUCUCGCUCGCAGCACCUCCAAGCUCAUGCGAACAGCCUCUGCAGUGGGCACACAGGAGAAGGCCGGGAAGAGUGGUGCCAGUGGUGCUGGUGGUGGUGAAGGGGCGGGAAGAGGAGGGGCUGCAGCAGCACUUGCCAGGAGUAACAGCACUGUCGCUGCAGCAGCACUUGCCAGAAGUAGCAGCACUGUCGCUGCAGUGGCAGCAGGAGCGGCAGCAGCAGGGGUGGAGGCAGGUGCACCGAGAGCAGGGCUGCAGCGCACCAAGAGUGGUAACAAACUCAAGGCGGCAGUGGGGAAAAGCAGCGCUGCCAAGUCCCCUGUGCUGCCUGCAAGGGCAGCACAAAGGGUGUAUGUCGGCAAGUAG